GUGUGGAGGUCCGAGCCAGGCUUCUCCAGGUGCUGGGUAGUGCUUUGGGGGCUGCCAUCGGCAGCUCUCCGUGCCCGUCCCAGAGCCACCCCCUGUGUUUUUCCAGCCCUGCCUGACAGCAGCGGAGUGUUCAACACCCUCUGGCACCGCCUCCACCAGGGAGGGGGAGCAGCUCCUCAUCCUCGGCUCUCCCCAACGCUCCGAGAAGCACCACCAUGGCCACGGAGUCAGAGGGGUGCUGUCCCGUCUGCCAGGAUGUUCGGAAGGGCAUCGCCUCAGUGGAGCCGUGCCAACACCAGUUCUGCCUGGGCUGCAUCCUGCGGUGGGCCAAAAGGACAUCCAGCUGCCCCCUCUGCAGAACAGUGAUGGAGAAAAUCAAGUUCUCCGUGCGGGGAGAAAAUGACUACCUGGAGCAGGUCAUCACGCCCCCCGCCCAGCCAGCAGGUGCCAGCAGCCAGGCAGGCACAGCUCCCGGCGGCCUGGAAGAGCAGGAGGCUGCGGGGACAGAGGCCCAGGCCUGCGUGGGUGGCCUCCAGCCCCAGGUCUGGGCAGAGCUCUUCCAAGAACACCGGCACCUCCUGGACCCCGUGCUGCCCUGGCUGCGCCGGCAGCUGGAGGCCAUCUACGAGGAGCAGUGGUGGCUGGCAAUGGCGGCCGAGAAGCUGCUGGUGCAGGCCCUCUGCUUCUACGGCCCGGACGAGGAGGCCGUGGUGCGGCGGAUGCAGCCGGGCCUGGAGGAGCACACGGCCCCGCUGGUCCGCGACCUCAUCAACGUCGUGGUGCGCCGCUGCGGGAGGGAGGCCCGGAGGCUGCUGCGCGCCCUCGCUGCCGGGCAGGAGGCCGACGAGGAAGAGGAGGAGGAUGAAGAGCAGGAGGAGGAGGCCGAGCGGCCUGGGCCCAGCCCCGGCCCCAGCGGCUCCCGGGGCGGGCCCAGCGGCCCCCGCCCGGCCUCCUCCAGCGGCGCUGCGGGCUCCCCGCCCCGGGAGGAGCCGGGGGCGGCGGCAGCGGCGGGUCCCGGUGGUCCCUCGGCUCCCGUCCGGGGCAGGGACCGCUCCGCCCGGGGGCCCCGGCGCCCCCCAAAGAGGAGGGCCCCCGGCCCCCAGGAGUGUCCCCGGCCCGGCAAGAGGCCGCCCCGCCGGCGGCAGUAG